UCCAUUAAAUUAGGGAAAAAGAAGAGAGAGAGAGUACUGGUAUUGUUCAUGUUUAGGCUGUUUAACUUGAGCUUUGCUUCAUUCAUUCACUCCUUCAUUGACACCCGCCUUUUUCGUACCCCCCUCAUCAUUUCCCCGUGUUACUCUCUUUCUCUCUCUGCAUAUACAUAUAGGUCUGUGUAUGUAUAUAUCACUAUAUAAAUUUUUGUGUGUCUGUGUUCCAAAGCUUUGUUGCCUAUAUAUAAAAGCCCCAAGGAAGAAGAGAACAAGAUGAUACCUGAGAAUUUGGAAUUCUCUUGUUCUGUUCUUCUGUCUAAGAAUACAAAAGGCAUGAUUAGUUUCUCUCUUUAAACACGAAACAGAUCAGGGGAUGCGGUUCCUUCAUUUGCCGUUGCUGCAACGAGAUUUGCAGCGAACCCGUUGAUGAAGAUGAAGAAGAUCUUCGUUUCUCAGUUGGUUCUCUUCAUUGCUCUGUCAACUUGUAUCGGCUUCAUUUCAGCUCAUUCACACCCCAGAGAUCGUCUCAAGUUCAUCUUAGGAGAAGAGAAUUUGGGGUCUUGGAAGAAUGGAAUCUUGAAUGCGGCAGCUGCACAAGCACCGGGGCCUGCAAGUGAUGGAUCAGUGACCACACUAGUGUUGGCAGAGCACAGGACAAAUAGGCCCGAUAUUCUUCAUGGUUUUCGGCGGUAUCGAGGCGGAUGGGACAUUUCCAAUAAGCAUUACUGGGCUUCUGUUGGAUUUACAGGUGCUGCGGGUUUUAUUCUUGCUGUUCUAUGGUUUGUUUCUUUCGGCUUGGCUCUUGUAGUACAUCAUUGCUGUGGAUGGAGAAUAGAUAUUAAAGGCAAAGAAUCACGGUGCUCACAAAGGAUAUGUCUGGUACUGCUGAUUGUCUUCACGUGUGCAGCAGCGGUUGGAUGUAUUGUUCUAUCAGUUGGGCAGGAUGAAUUUCAUGAUGAAGCAUUACAUACUCUGAAUUAUGUUGUAAACCAGUCAGACUACACUGUUCAGACGCUGAGAAAUGUGACGGCCUAUCUAUCACUUGCAAAGACUGUUAAUGUGGCCCAUGUAUUCCUUCCUUCUGAUGUCAUGGAUGGCAUUGACAAGUUGAAUGCAGACCUAAAUACUGCAGCAGAUACACUGGGACAAAAAACAAAUGAAAAUUCUGGCAAAAUAAGAAGAGUCUUCAAUAAUGUGCGAUCUGCAUUGAUCACUGUUGCAGUAGUGAUGCUUCUCGUAUCUCUUUUGGGUCUUGUCCUGUCUAUCCUUGGGUACCAACACGCAGUUCAUGUAUUCAUCGUUAGCGGAUGGUUACUUGUGGCAGUUACAUUCAUUCUGUGUGGGGUUUUUAUGAUUCUCAACAGUGCAAUUUCAGACACCUGCAUGGCCAUGGGGGAAUGGGUGGAUAAUCCCCAGGCGGAAACUGCCCUUAACAACAUCCUUCCAUGUGUUGACCAAAAAACCACAAACCAGACGUUGGUCAAGAGUAAACAAGUCAUAAAUGACAUUGCAAAUAUUGUCAAUGGCUUUAUAGACACCUUUGCCAACUCAAAUCCACAUUCUCAGAGCGAUCCUAAUUAUUUUAACCAGUCAGGGCCUCCUAUGCUACAUCUCUGUUAUCCAUAUGACAAUCAACUGCAAGAUCGCGAAUGUUCAUCCCAAGAAGUUUCUAUGGCAAAUGCUUCUCUGGUUUGGCAGAAUUACACUUGCACAGUGUCAGCGUCUGGGUUUUGCACUAGUGUUGGGAGGUUGACCCCAGACAUGUACGGGCAAUUGGUGGCAGCAGUUGACAUAAGCUAUGCUCUUGAACACUACACCCCACCUUUGCUUAAUCUCCAGAACUGUAAUUUUGUACGAGAUACCUUUCACAAUAUCACCUCGGAUUACUGUCCUCCAUUGGAGCACCAUCUCCGCGUUGUAAACGCAGGACUGACUCUUAUAUCAGUAGGGGUCAUGCUCUGUCUCGCCCUUUGGAUGCUAUAUGCAAACCGCCCCCAAAGGGAGGAAGUGUUUGCGAAGCUUUCCUUACGAAUAAAAGGCAGCUGCAAAGGCAACAACACUCGCAGCAACGAUGUAUCAUCAAGAUGCACAACACCAAGGAGUGAAGUUUAGAUUAGAAUCCAUAUUUGUAUGGAGUUGUUUAAACCUUUGUUACAGGCAGAAGCCAAGCUAGGGGGCGAAGCACCAUUGAGCUUUGGGCUGCUAGCCAUUUUAUUGUAUGCUCUUCUUAUCGCUCUAUAAUAGUAAAGAUGGAAGUUGUUUCUGUCAUUUGUUAUUUUGGGUGGAUUCGAUCAGUUUAUAUCUUUAUUGACAUGC